AGCCCUUUCACACACCUCAGGAACACCUCUCUGCUGCCCGCUGCCCAGACACACCUGCAGCCCUGCCCAGCCGGCUGUGCUCACCCAGAGCUUGUCAAUGUCCCAGACAUGAGCCAGCCCAGGCCCCGCUACGUGGUAGACAGAGCUGCGUACUCCCUCUCCCUCUUCGAUGAUGAGUUUGAGAAGAAGGACCGUGCCUACCCGGUGGGAGAGAAGCUUCGCAACACUUUCAGGUGCUCCUCAGCCAAGUUCAAAGCCAUUGUGUUUGGGCUGUUGCCUGUGCUCUCCUGGCUCCCUAAGUACAAGAUCAAAGACUACAUCAUCCCUGACUUACUGGGUGGACUCAGUGGGGGGUGCAUCCAGGUGCCACAAGGCAUGGCAUUUGCAUUGCUGGCCAACCUUCCUGCUGUCAAUGGUCUCUACUCCUCCUUCUUCCCCCUCCUGACCUACUUCUUCUUAGGGGGUAUACACCAGAUGGUGCCAGGUACCUUUGCCGUUAUCAGCAUCCUGGUGGGUAACAUCUGUCUGCAACUGGCCCCAGAGUCGAAAUUCCAGAUCUUCAACAACGUCACCAAUGAGACCUAUGUGGACACAGCAGCCAUGGAGGCAGAAAGGCUGCAUGUGUCUGCAACACUUGCCUGCCUGACUGCUGUCAUCCAGAUGGGCUUGGGCUUCAUGCAGUUUGGCUUUGUUGCCAUCUACCUCUCGGAGUCCUUUAUCCGGGGCUUCAUGACAGCCGCUGGCCUGCAGAUUCUCAUCUCUGUGCUCAAGUACAUCUUUGGUCUGACCAUCCCCUCCUAUACAGGCCCCGGCUCCAUCGUCUUUACCUUCAUUGACAUUUGCAAAAACCUCCCCCACACCAACAUCGCCUCGCUCAUCUUUGCCCUGGUCAGCGGUGUCUUCCUGGUGCUGGUGAAGGAACUCAACGCUCGUUACAUGCACAAGAUCCACUUUCCCAUCCCUACAGAGAUGAUUGUGGUGGUAGUUGCAACUGCUAUCUCUGGGAGCUGCAAGAUGCCAAAAAAAUACCACAUGCAGAUUGUGGGGGAGAUCCGACAAGGGUUUCCCACUCCUGUGGCACCGACGGUUUCGCAGUGGAAGGACAUGGUGGGCACAGCCUUCUCCCUGGCAAUCGUGGGCUAUGUCAUCAAUCUGGCUAUGGGCCGGACCCUGGCCAGCAAGCAUGGCUAUGAUGUGGAUUCUAACCAGGAGAUGAUUGCCCUGGGCUGUAGCAACUUCUUCGGCUCCUUUUUCAAGAUCCACGUCAUUUGCUGCGCUCUCUCAGUCACACUGGCUGUGGAUGGGGCUGGAGGCAAGUCCCAGGUGGCCAGCUUAUGUGUGUCUCUAGUGGUGAUGAUCACCAUGCUGGUCCUGGGAUCCUAUCUGUACCCUCUCCCCAAGGCUGUGCUAGGUGCCCUGAUCGCUGUUAACCUCAAGAACUCCCUCAAGCAGCUCACUGACCCCUACUACCUCUGGAGGAAGAGUAAGCUGGACUGUUGUGUCUGGGUGGUGAGCUUCCUCUCCUCAUUCUUCCUGAGCCUGCCCUACGGUGUCGCGGUGGGUGUAGCCUUCUCCAUCCUGGUUGUGAUCUUCCAGACCCAGUUUCGAAAUGGCUCCACACUGGCCCAGGUCAUGGACACGGACAUUUAUGUGAACCCCAAGACCUACAACAGGGCCCAGGAAAUUGAGGGAGUUAAGAUUGUCACUUACUGCUCCCCUCUCUACUUUGCCAACUCAGAGAUCUUCAGGCAAAAAGUCAUUGCCAAGACAGGUAUGGACCCCCAGAAAGUAUUACUCGCCAAGCAGAAAUAUCUCCGGAAGCAGGAGAAGAGGACGGCGACACCCACACAGCGGAGAAAGUCCCUCUUCAUGAAAACCAAGACGGUCUCUCUACAGGAGCUCCAACAGGACUUUGAAAGUGCUCCCUCUACUGACCCCAACAACAACCAAGCUCCCGCGGCUGAGGCUCACAUAUCCUACAUCACCUUCAGUCCAGACGCCUCCACAGCUGCUGCAUGUGAGCUGCCCGCCUCCACUCGGUCCCCCCAGGAGGCUAGUGACACUCUAGCCAGCGUGCCACCCUUUGUCACCUUCCACACUCUCAUCCUUGACAUGAGUGGAGUCAGCUUUGUGGACUUGAUGGGCAUCAAAGCUCUAGCCAAGCUAAGCUCCACCUACGAGAAGAUCGGAGUCCAGAUCUUCCUGGUGAACAUCCACGCCCAGGUGUACAAUGACAUCAGCCACGGAGGUGUCUUUGAAGAUGGGUGUGUACAGCGCAGUCACGUGUUCCCCAGCAUCCACGAUGCAGUCCUCUUUGCCCAGGCAAAUGCUAGAGAAGCUCCAAACCGCGACUUCCACAGGGCUCCAGGGGACACUGAGUUCUCCUUGUGUGACUCAGAAGAGGAAGGUCCCAGCUAUUGGGACUUAGAACAGGAGAUGUUCGGGACCAUGUUUCACACAGAGACUCUGACUGCCCUGUGAGGACCCACUUGGUUCCCAUACUUCCUCCUGAGCGCCUGGCAUCUGGGAUUUCCAUGGAUGAUAAACUCGGGAUCGCAGGAGUGACUGAGAGAAGAGUAUGUCUGCCAAGGUGCUAGAGCCUCUCUCAACUCUGUUCUCUCUCCCACCUUUCCCUCCCUCCCUGUCUCCCUGGGAGAGAGCCACAUCUCAGCCUCUGCAGCUGGAUGAGCAUGCGCUGACAAGGAUGAGACUCCGGUGAACUUAUCUCAUCACCUCCCCCUUCCCACUCCAGCCUGGGCCAGCUAUAAGCCCAUACCUCCCAUCAAUGCAAGCCCCACCCCAUGGCAGCUGAUGGACACCUUGACUUCCAGCCUUAAGAGUGAGCUAAGAACAGAAUGAUAAGAGCAUCUGUGCUAAGCUGGGAUGCAGUUCAAAUGUAUCUGUGCCCUGAGUGACUCGGCCUCGGAAGGUUUCAGGCUGCCGUGGGACACGGGGAUCAACGGGGUUAGAAUGUUGAAGCGUGUCCCUCCAGUUGCUUCUUCUAGUUGUUAGCUUUGUGCCUCAAAGACACGGUACUACCCACAAUCCAGGAGUCUCUGUCUUUGUGCCCGUUUCUCUCUCAUUGUCCUAAGACUUCCCAGGCCCCCACUGCUGUCCAGCACUUCAGACUCUAGUGUGGACAGUGGGCAGGACCCUCAAGAUUAUCAGCACUACCUCUCCAGGGACAGCACACAAAGGGGCCUGAUUCUCCCUUCUGAAUCUUCCCUGCCUGGAGGCUGCCCCAUUCUGGUUAACAGGUGACUGGCAGAAUCCUGAUACAGCAGCAGCUAUUCUGCACAAAAUCUUCGAAGAAACCCUCUUUACUGGACAAACGGAAGGUGUAAUAUGUUGCAAAUGUAAACUCGGGCAAACUGGUGGGUCCUAGGCCCUGACAGUCCACCUGACCUCGGAGCUCGUAUUGCCUCACCUGGGAAAUCUGUCAUGUCCAUUUUCACUCGGAAAGGACAGGUCAGUGGCCCACCCCUAUCAGCCUGUACCCUCCAGAGCUGUGAUGAUAGGCCCGGACAGGCAAGGGAGGAAGUUCUGAGGUACCAGCUUCAAAGCCCUACUGUGUAUAGAUGUGAAGGACUGUUCCAGACUGGAUCUCCCUCUAUAUGGAACUCUUAACAAUCUCCAGACAUUUUUACCUGUGAAAUUCUCAGGUAAACAGAGAUUUCUAGAGACAUCCUACUGUUGACUUGAAAGUAAAUAGGUCUCUCUCUCUCUCUCUCUCUCU